AUGUCGGGUUCUACCUUGCUCGAUGUCCUGGGGGGCUCCCCCGACAGCCCAGCCAUUGUGGUGGGCAGCGGCGGACAGAAGCUGACCAGGGGUCAGUUUUUGGAGCUGGCCACCCAGUUUGCCCAGAGCCUGCGCGCCAGUGGGGUGCAACCAAGCGAUCUGGUCACCAUCGUCGACUCCAACACGCUCGAGUUUGCAGUGGCGUUCCUGGGCACGACCCUCGCCAGGGCUGUGGCUGCCCCCCUGAACCAGAACUAUCACGAGGAGGAGUUCAAGUACUACCAGGAGGAUGCGGGCUCCACCUUGGUGGUUGUGGGAGCCUCUGGGAACAGGGGGGCGGAGGCGGCAGGAGUCGCUCCGGCCAUCGGCGUGACCCUGGACUUUGCCUCCGGCGCACCCGUCCUGCAGCUGGCCUCCCGGGUCGGGGAGUUUGCCCUGAAAACCGCCCCUGCCGGCGAGGCUCUGGCAGACCCCCCACGCGGAGACGACGUCGCGCUCUUCCUGCACACCUCCGGCACGACCUCCCGCCCCAAGGGCGUGCCCCUCACCCAUGCCAACCUGACUGCCAGCCUGGAGAACAUCCGCCAGACGUACGAGUUCACAGAAGCCGACGUCUCCCUCCUGGCCAUGCCCCUGUUCCAUGUCCACGGCCUGAUGGCGGGCUGGCUGGCCCCUCUCUCCGCUGGCGCUAGCGUGGUAUUCCCGGCGGAGGGGCGCUUCGCGGCGGGGACCUUCUGGAAGGACGCCGCGGCGCACGGCGUCACCUUCUACACCGCCGUCCCCACAAUCCACCAGAUUCUGGUGCAGCGCGCGGACCGCGACUUCCCCACGGCCGCGCCGCCCCCCCUGCGCGUCAUCCGCUCCUGCUCCUCCAGCCUGGCCCCCGCCACGCUGGAGGCGGUGGAGGCCGCCUUCGGCGCCCCCGUCCUAGAGGCCUACGCCAUGACUGAGGCCAGCCAUCAGAUGACGAGCAACCCGCUGCCGCAGCAUGGCCCGCGCCGCCCCGGCACGGUCGGCCGCGCGCAGGGUAGCGUCGCACUGGUGAUAUUGGGGCCCGACCACCACCCGCUGCCCGCGGGGGAGGUGGGGGAGGUGUGCAUCCGCGGGCCCAACGUGACGGCGGGGUACCGCGCCAACCCCGCCGCGAACGAGGAGGCGUUUGCGGGGGGCUGGUUCCACACGGGGGACCAGGGACGGCUGGAUGCAGAGGGCUAUCUGCAGCUGACGGGGCGCAUCAAGGAGCUGAUCAACCGGGGCGGCGAGAAGAUCUCGCCCAUCGAGGUGGACGGCGCGCUGCUGAGCCACCGGGGGGUGGCCGAGGCCGUGGCCUUUGCCGCGCCAGACGCCAAGUAUGGCGAGACCGUGGCCGCUGCCGUGGUCCUGAAUGAGGAGGGCAAGCGCCUGGGGGAGGGGGCGGUGGAGGACAUCAAGCGCCACGUCGGCACCCGUCUCUCCGCCUUCAAGAUCCCCACCCAGAUCUUCAUCACCGACGAACUGCCCAAGACCGCGACGGGCAAGAUCCAGCGCCGCUUCAUGGUGGACGCAUUCAUCAACAAGCCCAAGGAUGGGGCUGUCGGGGGGUCGACCCUGGACCUGGAUGCCUUGCCCAAUGACGGGUACUACACCAUAGCCAAGAGCCUGAGGCUCUGGGGGUCAGGGUCGUGGCUUGGUCCAGAGGCCGUGGGCAUCCGCUUCAUCAGCUUCCGGAACGAGCAGUCGGCUGGGUACGCGGCGGCGGCCGCCGGCUACCUCUCUGGCAUCCCCGGCGUCCUGCUGACGGUGUCCGGGCCAGGCGUCAUCCACGCCCUGGCGGGGCUCAGCCAUGCCCAGGUCAACACCUGGCCCCUUGUGCUGCUGUCGGGGUCCUGCGAGACUGGCGAGGUGGGCAAGGGCUCCUUCCAGGAGCUGGACCAGGUGGCGGCGGUGCGGCCCUACACCAAGUUUGCGGGUCAGGCGCGGGCGGUGGGCGAGAUCCCCGCCGUCCUGGAGGCCGCCUUCAAGGCGGCGGUGAGCGGGCGCCCCGGCGGCGCCUAUGUGGACGUCCCCUCCGACGGCGCGGCCUGGGCGCGGGCGGAGGGCCCGCUGCGCGCACUGGCCAGCGGCGCGGGGCUGCCGGCCCUGGGCACGGCCAUGGGGCGGGGGGUGGUGCCCGACACGUACGAGCACAGCGCCAACGCGGCACGGUCCCUGGCGCUGGCCGGCGCCGACGUGGCGCUGGUCUUCGGCGCGCGCCUCAACUGGCAGCUGCACUUUGGCGAGGCGCCCAAGUGGGCCGCCAACGUCAAGUUCGUGCUGGUGGACGUGGAGCCGUCGGAGCGUGACGCGCGCGUCAGCCACGUCGUCCUGCGCGGCGACGCCGGCUGGCGCGACUGGACGUCGCGCCUGGCGGCCAAGUCCGCGGCGGCGCGGGAGAAGCUGGGCGCGCGCCUGGCGCGCACCACGCACCCGCUGGACUACGGCACCACGCUGCGCGUAGUGCGCGACGCGCUGGCCACGCUGCCCCGCCCCCCGCUGGUGGUGGCCGAGGGCGCCAACACCAUGGACAACGCGCGCCUGCUUCUGGAGCCGGUGACCGUGCCGCGCACUCGGCUGGAUGCCGGCACCUGGGGCACCAUGGGCGUGGGGCUGGGCUACGCCAUCGCCUCGGCCACCCAGGACCCGGGCCGCGCGACGGUGGCUGUGGAGGGCGACUCCGCCUUUGGCUUCUCGGGCAUGGAGGUGGAGACCAUCGUGCGCUACGGCCUGCCGGCCUUUGGCGGGCGCGGCGUGGCGGUGGGCACCGCCGAGGAGCUGGCCGCCGCGCUGCGCGAGGCGCUGGCCUCGGGCGGGCCCAGCCUGAUCGACGUCACCAUCGACCCGCAGGCGGGGGUGGAGAGCGGGAACGUGCACGCCUUCAACUUCAAGCCGCCGGAGAAGUGA